AGAAUCCACUCUGAUUCGACGCUGCGCCCGUUUCCGGUCCUUUUUGCGUCCGUGGACCAUCUGACGGAACGCUGCUUUGAACCACGAUGCCAGUUAAGAUCAUACUAGAAGCGGAGGAUGAACCGGAGACCGCCAUGGAGAACGUUAAACCCCCGAAGGUUAAGAAUGGAAAGAUGAAGAAAAAGAAGAAUCUUCCAGCAGAUGAAGCGGCUGAACAAGACCUGCCGAUCCCGAAGAAGAAGAGGAAGAAAGAGGGGGCGGAGCCAGCCGUGAUGGCAGGCAUGAAUGGCGCCGCCAACGGGAAGCUGCCUGUCGAGACCGCAGUGACCCCACAGAAGCAGCAGGAUGUGCUGGCCAAUGGUGGCCUGCCAGUCAGCAGCCAGGAAACAGGAGGUUCACCGCCAGACUCCUCGCCCAUCCACGUGAGCGACCAGAGCACCAGUGAUACCGAGACAGAGGAAAGUCCAGAACAAAGAGAGGGGGCCUUCUCUAACUUCAGGAUUUCCAAAGACACCAUUAGACUGCUCCAAGCCCGUGGUGUGACCUACCUGUUUGACAUUCAAGUGAAGACCUUCAACUCUGUGUAUGACGGGAAAGACGUGGUGGCCCAGGCACGCACUGGCACUGGCAAGACCUUCUCCUUCGCCAUCCCACUCAUCGAGAGGCUGACGUCGGCUACCGAGGAGCGAAAGCGCGGCAGAGCUCCCAAGGUCCUAGUUCUCACCCCUACCAGAGAGCUUGCCAUCCAGGUCGCCAAGGACUUCAAGGAUGUGACCAAGAAGCUUGUCGUCUCCUGUUUCUAUGGUGGAAGCUCCUAUAACCCUCAGAUGGAGAGCAUUCGCAACGGCAUCGACAUCCUGGUGGGUACUCCGGGCCGCAUCAAAGACCUAUACCAGAACAGCAAGCUGGAUCUGACCCAGCUGAAGCAUGCGGUUCUAGAUGAGGUGGACCAGAUGCUGGACAUGGGUUUUGCUGAGCAGGUGGAGGACAUCCUGGCGGCCUCCUACAAAAAAGGGUCACAGGUCAAUCCGCAGACGCUGCUAUUUUCGGCUACCUGCCCCCACUGGGUCUAUGACGUGGCCAAGAAGUACAUGCGUCCCGAGUAUGAGCAUGUGGACCUGAUCGGCAAGAGGACUGCGAAGACUGCCACCACUGUGGAGCACCUGGCAAUAGCGUGCCAUUGGUCUCAGCGGGCGGCGGUGAUCGGCGACGUCAUCCAGGUGUACAGUGGCAGCCAUGGCCGAACCAUUAUCUUCUGUGAGACCAAGAAGGAGGCCACAGAACUCUCUCUGAACACAUCCAUGAAGCAGAGUGCCCAGUCCCUGCAUGGAGACAUCCCCCAGAAGCAGAGAGAGAUCACGCUCAAAGGCUUCAGGAAUGGCUCCUUCGAGGUGCUGGUGGCCACUAACGUGGCAGCCCGGGGCCUCGACAUUCCCGAAGUGGACCUGGUAAUCCAGUGCUCGCCCCCUAAGGACGUGGAGUCCUACAUCCACCGCUCGGGGCGGACUGGCCGGGCAGGUCGGACAGGUGUCUGCAUCUGCCUUUACCAGCGCAGGGAGGAAGAGCAAUUGCGUUUCGUGGAGCACAAAGCGGGCAUCGCGUUCAAGCGUGUUGGGGUGCCCACCGCAAACGACAUCAUCAAAUCGUCCAGUAAGGACGCAGUAAGGUACCUGGACGCAGUGCCCUCCAUAGCCAUUGAGUACUUCCGCUCGGCGGCAGAGCAGCUGAUUGCAGAGCGGGGGGCAGUGCCGGCACUGGCGGCCGCACUGGCCCACAUCUCCGGGGCGACAGCACUGGAGCAGCGUUCGCUGCUGAACUCUGAUGCGGGUUAUACCACCAUCCUGCUGAAGUGCUCCCAGGAGAUGCACAGCAUCAGCUAUGCCUGGAAAGCCCUGAAGGAGCAACUGGGGGAGGAGAUCGACAGCCACGUACAGAGGAUGACUUUCCUCAAGGGCAAAAUGGGAGUCUGCUUUGAUGUCCCAGUUGACCGAGUGAAGAGCGUCGAGGAGGUGUGGCAGAAUAGCCGUCGGUGGCAGAUGUCUGUUGCCACAGAGCUCCCGGAGUUGGAAGAGAGCCGGAGGAUUGGUGGAGGUGAUCGGAAUUCUGCAGGAGGUGGCAGACACUUCUCUCGUGGUGGCAGUGGCCGAGGAGGGGGCGGCCGCGGUGGCAGUGGCCGAGGAGGGGGCGGCCGCGGUGGCAGUGGCCGAGGAGGGGGCGGCCGCGGUGGCAGUGGCCGAGGAGGGGGCGGCCGCGGUGGCCGGGGCCGGGGUGGCUGCGGGAGCCAUGGUGACCGUUCCAGGAGUAACGACAACAGUGGAAGAGGUCAGAAGAGAAGCUUCAACAGGGCCUUCGAUUACUGAUGAACCAUCAGCCUCCGCUGCUGGACCCUGGGCCUUGACCAGACUGUGGACUCCACCCCCAGACUGCCACAUUCCUGUCCCCCUCUCACUCUCUUAGGAGGGAUCUUCCAUCUGAAACAUAAAUACAUGUCAGUCUUGCUUUCAAAGCUUUUAUUUGUCCGAUGCUGUGUAUGAGUCUCAGUAAAACUGCUUCUUAAGA